GAUGAUGCAGAUACUUACAAACUUUCUAUCAAGCAUUAUGAUUCAUGCGACACGGCCCUUUGUUCUGAAUGAGUGGAUCCAGACCAAGAUAGGAGGCUAUGAAGUUUCUGGUACAGUGGAGCACGUCGGUUGGUGGUCACCUACAGUUAUCAGAGGUGAUGACCGUGAAGCAGUUCAUAUUCCAAACCACCAGUUCAGUGUAAAUAUUGUGAGAAAUCUUACUCAGAAGACGCAUUGGCGCAUCAAAACACAUCUUGCCAUCAGUCAUCUUGAUGUCAGCAAAAUUAAUAAUAUUGUGGCUGAUAUGCGCAAGGUGUUGUCUAAAAAUCCUCAAAUCGAGCAGCAAAAGAUACACAGAAGAGUAUUUUUGGACAAUAUAGAUCCAGAGAACCAAGCUCUGAGGAUCCUAAUAUCCUGUUUUGUAAAGACUUCACGUUUUGAAGAAUACCUGUGUGUUAAGGAAGCAGUGCUCUUGGAUCUUCUUACAGUAAUAAGGCAUCACGGGGCACGUCUAGCAACUCCCAUUCGAACAGUACAGAGGAUGCGUAAUGAGGCUGAGGUGGACAGUGCAGGAUUUUCAGACAUCAUUUUCAACCAAGCAGCGAUGAACCGUCGACUCAUGUUGAUUGAGCCAUCCUAUAAAAUCAACAGCGAUGACAACACAAAGUCUUCCUCACCCAACUCAAUGCCAAAGAGUGAAGAGAAGGACCUUCAAGAAGAACGAUUGGAAACCAAGGCUGAAACAGAAAAUAACGGCAAAAAAGAGAAACAGAAAGUGGCUCUUGGUUUCAACUCCAGUACAGACACUAAGGGUUCACCAACCUCAACAUCCGACCAGCUGGUAGCACAAAAGUCAGAAGAAAAGAAGAAACAGAGCGUGGGAGAUUCAAAUAAAGCAGAGAAGGAUGAAGUUUCUGAUGGCGAAGGUGCAACAGAGCAGACAUUGAAAUCAAAAGCAAAACAAGGGACUGAAAAGAGCAGUGGAGAUUCGAAAGCUCGAGAUGGUGGUGGAUCAGGUACCAGUUCUUCGCUAGAGGAGAACAUUGUUCUUGGUGUUGCGCUGGAUGGCUCAAAACGUACACUCCCGAUUGAUGAAGAACAUAAGGCAUCUGGUGCGUUAAUGGAUUCUGAAGAACUCGGUAUUGGAUUGGAAUGAGCGAAAGGAGAAGAGGUAUAAAGAAAUUUGGAUGCAUCUGUAGAAAGUAACAAACAGAUAUGGAGGAAUGAGCGCAACUCUGUUAAUUUUUUUAAGUGUAUGGGUUUGCGCCAUUUCACCUCUGUAAAUAAUUCCUAGCGAUUCAAGAACUCAAAAAGUAGUUUGUUUCAAGUGACUAUUUUUAAGGUU